GCCCUGCCUGGCCGCCGUGAGUCCCGCCUCAGCCCGGGCCCGUCCCCCACCCGCCGCGGCACCAUGUCCGGCUCCGGCAGGAAAGACUUCGACGUGAAGCACAUCCUGCGCCUCCGCUGGAAACUGUUCAGCCACCCCUCGCCGGCGGGCGGCCCGGCGGGGGGCGGCUGCCUGCCUCCCGACAGCAGCUUCGAGCACUGGGGACCGAGCCAGAGCCGCCUGCUGAAGAGCCAGGAGAGAGGCAACGGCGUCUUCUGGAAGAAAUCCGCCUCCUCCUCUUCUUCGGCGGCCACCACGGCCAGCCCGCCCAACGGGACGCUGCUGCCCGCCGGCGGCCGGCCGGCCACGGGGCACGGACCGGGACCACCGCCGCCUCGCACCGUCUUCUACGUGGAGUCCCUGGAGGAGGAGGAGGCGGAGGUGGUGCCCGGCGGGAUGGAGGUGGCCUGCGAGCCCGAGAAGCCCCUGGCGCCACCGGAGCGCGAGGAGGCACCGGGGGGCUGCGCGGAUGGAGGCGGCCGGGCAACAGGUGACGGGUGCGGACACAGACUGUCAGGAGCCAGCCACUCCUUGCCAUCCCACUGUGACAUGGAUUCGUGUAGCUCCGAGGAAUUCUACCAGGCUGUUCACCAUGCGGAGCAAACCUUCAGAAAGAUGGAGAGCUACUUGAAGCAGCAGCAGCUCUGUGACGUUAUCCUGAUUGCUGGGGACCGCAAGAUACCUGCACAUAGACUUGUCCUCAGUUCUGUCUCUGACUAUUUUGCUGCCAUGUUUACAAGUGAUGUUUGUGAAGCCAAGCAAGAAGAGAUCAAAAUGGAAGGCAUAGACCCCAAUGCACUGUGGGAUCUUGUUCAGUUUGCAUAUACAGGCUGCCUGGAAUUGAAAGAAGAUACCAUUGAAAAUCUUCUAGCAGCUGCCUGCCUCCUCCAGCUUCCUCAAGUAGUAGAGGUUUGCUGCCAUUUUCUAAUGAAGCUUUUGCACCCAUCCAACUGUUUGGGAAUACGAGCAUUUGCUGAUGCACAAGGAUGCACAGAGCUUAUGAAGGUGGCUCACAACUACACCAUGGAGAAUAUAAUGGAAGUUAUAAGAAAUCAAGAAUUUUUACUUCUACCAGCUGAAGAGCUGCAUAAACUUCUUGCUAGUGAUGAUGUGAAUGUUCCUGAUGAAGAGACCAUUUUCCAUGCCUUAAUGAUGUGGGUGAAGUAUGAUAUGCAGAGGCGAUGCAAUGACCUAAGUAUGCUACUUGCAUAUAUCAGAUUACCACUCCUUCCACCUCAGAUAUUGGCUGACCUGGAAAACCAUGUGCUUUUUAAGGAUGACCUAGAAUGUCAGAAGCUUAUUCUGGAAGCCAUGAAAUAUCAUCUUUUACCAGAGAGAAGAACUCUCAUGCAAAGUCCAAGAACUAAGCCUAGAAAGUCUACAGUUGGGACACUUUAUGCUGUUGGAGGAAUGGAUAACAACAAAGGUGCUACAACUAUUGAAAAGUAUGAUCUCAGAACAAAUAUAUGGAUUCAGGCUGGAGUAAUGAAUGGCAGGAGGCUUCAGUUUGGUGUUGCUGUCAUCGAUGACAAGCUGUUUGUCAUUGGAGGCCGGGAUGGCUUAAAGACAUUAAACACUGUUGAAUGUUACAAUCCAAAGACCAAGGCUUGGACUGUGUUACCACCUAUGUCAACACAUAGGCAUGGCUUAGGAGUUACAGUGCUUGAAGGGCCUAUUUAUGCAGUGGGAGGACAUGAUGGUUGGAGUUAUUUGAACACAGUUGAGAGGUGGGAUCCUCAAAGUCAGCAGUGGACAUUUGUGGCAAGUAUGUCAAUUGCCAGAAGCACUGUUGGAGUAGCUGCAUUAAAUGGCAAGUUAUAUUCAGUUGGAGGCCGGGAUGGAAGCUCGUGUUUGAGUUCAAUGGAAUAUUAUGAUCCUCACACAAAUAAAUGGAAUAUGUGUGCUCCUAUGUGUAAGAGAAGAGGAGGUGUAGGAGUGGCUACAUGUGAUGGGUUUCUUUAUGCUGUGGGAGGCCAUGAUGCUCCUGCUUCUAACCAUUGUUCUCGACUGCUUGACUAUGUAGAAAGGUAUGAUCCAAAAACUGAUACGUGGACAAUGGUGGCUCCACUAAGUAUGCCUCGAGAUGCUGUUGGUGUCUGCCUCCUUGGUGACAAAUUAUAUGCAGUAGGUGGCUAUGAUGGUCAAACAUACCUGAACACUAUGGAAGCAUAUGACCCUCAAACUAAUGAGUGGACACAGAUGGCAUCCUUAAAUAUUGGAAGAGCUGGCGCCUGUGUUGUAGUCAUCAAACAACCAUGACUUUGUCAGCACUGCUUAGGAUUUUACUGACUGUGAAAUGAUUAUUUUUCUAUGAGACAAAGAGAAUGAUAAUUUCACAAGAACAAGGAUUUACACAGUGAAUACUCUGUUGAUCACAAACUUGAAGUUUGAAAGUGAGAAAGAUUAAGUAUUUAUGUCCUAUAAAAUCGUAAAAACUGUUCACAGUCAGUGAACAAGAAAAAAAAACGGUGCGUAGGCGUAAAUAUGUGAAUGUGGAGUAGUAAGCUCAGGUUCUCAUGAAUGUGUCCUGGAGAACUGGAUUACCAAGCUAAAGCUCUAUACAAGGAGCAGAAAGGAACAUGAAAACAGUUUUUGUGGCUGCAAGAGAACUGCAGAAACAUUAAAGUACGUUUAAUAAAUUUGAAACUGUGGUUUUUGAAAAAGAAAAGUUGAUAGUAAUAUAAUUUUUUUCUGUCCACAACCCUCAAAUGGGUUGUGGCCUUCUCCUUUAAAUGGACAGUUUGAUUCUUACGGAAGGGAAGAGGUCAAAUGGCCUGGAUAUUCAUAAUGGCUGAGCUGUCACUCUAUAGCAGGAAUAAAAACAAUACUAAAAGUAAACUUGUUUUGUAUCUUCAGAUUGUACCUCCUUUCCAGUUUUAACACAUCUUAUAAAUGAAUCUAUUGAAUGGGAAGACUGUGUGUUUAAUCAAGUAAUACAUAAAGCAAUCCUGUGGCUGCACUGGGCUUUGUUGCAAAUAUUGGAGUCAAAAGAACAGUUUCCUAAUUCUUUCUUAGUCUUAUAUUCAGUUUAAGCAUGUGGGCUCUAAUCUCUUUGUUUAAUGCCUUCUACUGCAUGUUGGAAGCUCAUGACAAGCUGGAAAAUUGAUAUUGUUCUUUCACUGCAUCAUGUAUCAGAUGAACCCUGACCAGAACAGUCUAUAGAAUCUCCUCUAACAUUUCAAGAGGGAGAGAAGUCCUACAUUUUAUUUCUUUCUAAUGCUCGUAAAUACACGAUUUUGCCUAAUUAGAGCUGGCAAUUUAUGACUUUCCACUUAUGACUGAGAAUAAAUUACUGAGAAUAACUCCAAGUAGGCAAUUCAGAAUAAAUGCAAGUGAAAUAAGGAAAAAUAUACCAUUUGAUCUAAUAAAGUUCAUAUGGUAAAUAUACUAGUGUCAUCUGUGCUUCCCUUUAGGGUUGAUAAUUUUUGCCAGUAAUGAUACUUUGAGCUUUUGCUUCAGAAGUAGAUUUAACGCUGAUGCUUUCUGUCUGCUCAGCUGAAUCAGUGAGAACCUAAGGCCACUAUUGGAAUAUGAAAUUCUGCUAUUCAGGGAGGCACAGUUUCUGGGAACAAUUCUACCAAGUAUACUUCUUUAAAGCCCUGCUGAUCCUUUAGGAAACAUUUCAUGGUCCAAAAGCAGAAACCUCACAAUCCUCUGUCACUAGCAAUUUUGAGAAGUAAUUCUGGUUGUACUAAAACCAGUUUUCCAAUGGAAACCUUUGAAGCCAUUUGAGAUGAAAAAUUACAUACAGAUUCCAGCUUGGGACAUUUUAUUUGAAGACAUGUCUUUCUGUUUAGCAGCAUCAGCAUGCAUGGAGAUUGUUGUUUACUGAUGCAAACUGAACUUCAGUUCUGAAGCCUAAGUAUAUUGUAUUAAAUCUUUUAAAUACCUCUGUACUAAUUUGAAAUCAACCAAAAAAUCUUCAUAUUAGUUUUCUACAGCCACUUGGCUUUUGAAUUGCAAUUAGUCUUCCACAGACAAGCAUGUCCAUUUUUCUCCAACCACAAGAAGCUGUUGAAUAAAAGAUGUUACCUCUCUAAAGAUUUUGCUUCACAUAAAUGCAAGCUUCUAAGACCAAAUGAAGAAGAUUCUAGCAUUGUAAUUGUAAUAUUAAGUAUAGACAUUGGCAUUUGGUUCUCCUACACAGAUACCUAAUAAACUUAGAAACUGAAUUUUAAUUCUAUUCCCAGAACUUUCUUUUGAUUACAUUAUAUCCAUACACAAUAGAAAUAUGAUUGUUCUAUUUAUAUAUUGAUCUUCAAAAUUGGAUUGUUUCUACUGAUUGUAUUCUGUGGCAGAUUUGUUUUCUGUGCCUUGUUCAUUCUUAUCCUCAAUUUGUCUUCUGUUUUAUUUUUGAUUCUCAAUUUCCUUUUACACUUUUUCCAUUUGCCUUUAUUUUGCCAAAAUGGAAUGUGAUUCUCAUGUGAAAUUUUUCAGACUAUUCCAAUUCUCUAAUGCUGAAAGAAUAAAAUUUUUAUUUGUUUUAUUUAGGUUAUGUAAAAUCUAGCCACAAUAAGAGCCAAAAUUGGCUUUCAUAUUCUUUUUAUGCAGCUACAUCAAUGUGCUCUGGAGUUUCUUAGAGAGAAUUUGUGGAUAGUUUUUUAUUAAUUUUUUUUCUUACCAUUAUGUUUACUGUUAUCGAAAACAAUAAUAAUUUUACCUUUGUUUUCACAGGGAAUGCAUUUAAAUUGAAGUAGUCUAUAAUUGUAGUCUUGGUUUCUGUGAUUCAUUAAGACCCAUUUUUUUAUUUAUAAGAGUUAAAAUCACUUCUGAUACACUGAAUUGUGCUAAACAAUAUUACAUUUACAGGAAAAGCUGUUGUCUUUUCAAAAAACAGAUAAUCUCAUUGUUAGUGACCUAGCAUGGUUUCUUUUCUCUCACAUAAUUUUGAAAUCAUACUUGAAAAUUGAUUUCAAAGUAUGAAAAUCAGAGUGCAAUCAGAACUGCAACAAAUAUUAGUUUCAGUGAAAUCAAUAACUGAAUUCCUCAAAAUGUUGCUUUUAAAUUUUGUAGUUUAAUAGUCUAAGUAUGGUCUCAAAUGUUAGCUUUUUCUCUAUCUUUCCCACUUUUUUAUUUAAGAGCGUCAACCAGCUUUAUUAGAAAGUCCUUCCCCCCAGGUGGGGCUUUUGGUGUACCAGUGGCUAAUAGCCAUUCUGGGGCUGGACUAGAGGCUUCAGAUGGUGGGGUGUGGAGCAGUGCACUGUCCCACCUUGGCCAAACUUGUCCUGCCCCCUUCCCGCCCCCAACUUUAGUCAUUUUGAGCCAGUAAUCAUUUUCUCCGGUCUCUCACAGAAGGGACCUUAAAAUCAUGUAGUUCCAAUCCCUCUGUCAUAGGCAGGGACACCUUUUACUAGGACAUGUUCCUCAA